GACAAGGGAUCAGAAUGGGAAAGACAAAAGAUUAUCUUGAUAAUGGAAAUAAUAAAAUGGCAAUCCAGCAAGCUGAUAAACUGUUGAAGAAACACAAAGAUCUUCACUGUGCGAAGGUUCUCAAGGCCAUUGGUUUACAGAGAACCGGAAAACAGGAAGAAGCCUUCACCUUGGCUCAGGAGGUGGCUGCCCUUGAGCCCACAGAUGACAACUCCCUGCAGGCCCUGACAAUCCUCUAUCGAGAGAUGCAUCGGCCGGAGUUAGUCACAAAACUCUAUGAGGCGGCUGUGAAGAAAGUCCCUAACAGCGAGGAGUACCACUCUCACCUCUUCAUGGCCUAUGCCAGGGUGGGCGAGUACAAGAAGAUGCAGCAGGCUGGCAUGGCUCUGUAUAAGAUUGUCCCCAAAAACCCGUACUACUUUUGGUCCGUGAUGAGCUUAAUCAUGCAAUCUAUAUCUGCACGAGAUGAAAACCUCUCGAAAACCAUGUUUCUGCCCCUGGCAGAGAGGAUGGUAGAAAAAAUGGUGAAGGAGGACAAGAUCGAAGCUGAGGCUGAGGUUGAACUUUAUUAUAUGAUCCUGGAGCGCUUGGGAAAGUACCAGGAAGCCCUGGAUGUCAUUAGAGGGAAAUUAGGAGAGAAGUUGACAAGUGAAAUCCAGAGUCGGGAGAACAAGUGCAUGGCCAUGUACAAGAAACUGAGCAAGUGGCCUGAGUGCAACGCCCUUUCCCGACGCCUCCUGCUGAAAAACUCAGAUGACUGGCAGUUCUAUCUGACUUAUUUCGAUUCUGUCUUUCGACUGAUUGAAGAAGCCUGGACGCCUCCUGCAGAAGGGGAACACUCCUUAGAAGGGGAAGUACACUGCUCUGCAGAAGAUGCCGUGAAGUUUAUAGAAGACAGGAUAACAGAGGCGUCACAAAGCUCCCGACAUGUCCGAGGCCCACACCUAGCUAAGCUGGAGCUCAUCAGGCGACUGCGGAGCCAGGGCUGUAAUGACGAGUACAAGCUGGGUGACCCAGAAGAGUUAAUGUUCCAGUAUUUCAAGAAGUUCGGGGAUAAGCCAUGCUGCUUCACAGACCUGAAGGUGUUUGUUGACCUCUUGCCUGCUGCACAGUGCACACAGUUCAUUAACCAGCUUCUUGGAGUUGUUCCAUUGUCGACACCGACAGAGGAUAAGCUUGCCCUGCCUGCUGACAUCCGAGGCCUGCAGCAGCAUCUGUGUGUUGUGCAGCUGACGAGGCUCCUUGGCUUGUACCACAGCAUGGAUAAGAAUCAGAAGCUGGAUGUGGUCAGAGAACUGAUGUUAAGGUACCAGCACGGACUGGAGUUUGGACGCUCUUGUUUGAAGACAGAGUUGCAGUUCUCGGACUAUUACUGCCUCCUUGCCGUUCAUGUCCUCAUUGACAUAUGGAGAGAAGCAGGUGAGGAGACUGCUGUGUGGCAGGCCCUGACUCUGCUGGAAGAAGGCUUAACCCAUAGCCCAUCCAAUGCUCAGUUCAAAUUGCUGCUUGUUCGAAUCUACUGCGUGCUGGGUGCAUUUGAACCAGUGGUGGAUCUUUACUCCAGCCUUGAUGCUAAGCAUAUCCAGCACGACACCAUUGGCUAUCUUCUGACCCGAUAUGCUGCAUCCCUGGGUCAGUAUGCUGCUGCCUCCCAGUCCUGUAACUUCGCACUCAGGUUUUUCCACUCCAACCAGAAAGAUACCUCAGAAUACAUUAUCCAAGCUUACAAAUAUGGUGCAUUUGAGAAGAUUCCAGAGUUUAUCGCUUUUAGGAACAGGCUGAAUAAUUCUCUCCACUUUGCACAAGUACGCACUGAACGGAUGCUGUUAGACCUUCUGCUUGAAGCAAACAUAUCAACUAGCUUGGCAGAAAGUAUCAAAUCAAUGAAUCUGAGGCCAGAGGAGGAUGAUGUUCCAUGGGAAGAUUUACGAGACAACAGAGACUUAGAUGUUUUCUUCAGCUGGGAUCCAAAAGACAGGAAUGUUUCUGAAGAGCAUAAGAAACUCUCCUUGGAGGAGGAGACCAUGUGGUUAAGAAUCCGAUCCUUAACGUUGAGGCUGAUCAGUGGACUUCCAAGUCUUACCCACCCUGUGGAGCCAAAGAACUCAGAGAAGAUGUCAGAGAACGGUGUGUCCUCCCGGAUCGACAUCCUUCGUUUGCUCCUCCAACAGCUAGAAGUGGCCGUGGAGACGGGGAAGCGGUUUAUUGAGAAGGAAAUUCAGUACCCCUUCCUUGGGCCUGUCCCCACCAGAAUGGGCCGGUUCUUCAGUUCCGGCUGCUGUCAGUGCCAGGUCCACUCCUUUCAUCUUGUCAGCGACGUGUAUGAGCUUGACACCAGUGGCUUAGAGGGCACGGUGGAUACACAGGAACGAAUAGGAAACAGUCUUGCAUUUCUGCUAGAACUGCUGAAAGGUGUCUUCAGCACAUGUAAAGGUGACCUCUUAGAAGUUAAAGACGGUAAUGUGAAGACCCAGCCUGCAAUCCUAGAGAAUCUGGUCUUCUUCGUUGAGACAGUUUCUAUCAUCCUUUGGGUAUCCGGUUACUGUGAGAGUGUCUUGCGACCAUACAAAUUAAAUAUUCAGAAAAAGAAAAAGAAGAAAAAAGAAACCAGCAUCAUUAUGCCUCCAGUCUUCACCAGUUUCCAAGACUAUGUUACUGGACUGCAGACUGUGAUCUCUAACGCUGUGGAUCACAUUAAAGGACUUGAAGCCCAUCUAAUUGCACUUAAACUUGAGGAGCUGACGUUAGAGGACUCUUCUAUCUCUCCGGAAGAAAGAAAGUUCUCACGGACAGUGCAGGGGAAAGUGCAGAGCAGUUACCUGCACUCACUUCUGGAAACGGGGGAGCUGCUGAGAAAAAGACUUGAAACUACAAAGAAACUAAAAAUUUAAGGAAGUAUCAACCACAGACACCGAAGACUCCACAGCAGAUGACGACGACGACACCACCUUCCCCAGCAAAAACAACAUCUGGCUGGCAUCGUUCUAAUCCAGAACUUCCUCACAAAUGCAUGAAGGACUUUGAUCGUGAAUUAAUUUUUGAGGUAUUAAAUAUAUACAACAAAUUAAAUUAUUGUAUAUAAACCAGAAGCAGGACCCUCAUCUGGGUUUACCACUCUUUAUACCUGUUCAUACACACAGGACAGCAACAAGAGCACCCCACUUCAUUCCCAUCACCAGAAAUGUCUGGGGUGGGUGUUUCUAUCCAAGCAGCAAUAGAGAAUAAUACGUGUAGCGUCGGCCUCAGAGCAGGUGGGUCGCGUUUCCAUUGUGCAGUGGGAGUUUGGGUUUGGUACUUGAGCCAUACGAGGCAAAAGCAAGUGUAUGAGCAGACUCGGUAGCGGGGCCUUUCCCUUAGUCAUAGGUUCCUUGUGAGAUUCCCACAGAACCAGGGUGGGUCCACAGGAUCAGAUGAGGUGUGGCUGACUACAUGCCACUGCAGGGCACCACACGUGACCACAGGUGCUCAGUUUUGGCUUCAUAGCCCCAACAGCCAAGACAUCCCCAGCCCCGCUCCUGGGAGAGCUCAGCCUCAGGGCAGCAAGGAAGUCUGAGUUCAGCCCACUUUGAAGAAGAAGUCUGAGCACAGCCCACCGUGAGCUUCCUAAGCUGCUGAGACUGCGCCCCGCCGGUCCUCUAGGAAAGGUGGAAGAGCUGUUGGAAGAGGUUGUACAUGAUUUGUGUUGUCAUUUCUGAGUCACAUUCUGCAGCCGAUUCGUGAGUCACACAGAUACACAGAUGGAAACAGAUUUGCUACUUUAGUGCUUUUAUGGGGGAGGUUUGGGACGGAAGGAAUUGUAUAUUAUGGGUUUAACCUAGGUUUUAAGUUUUAGGUUGACAAAAGAUGUUUUACAAUGGGCCUGAUGUCGGUGUACUUUUGAGAACUUAAGAACUACAUCAGGAUGCUCCAGCUUAAGAGGCUGGUGGUCUGAGAGAAGAUGAAAACUGCUCUUGAUUAUGUCGUGCUGAGCUCUGACAGCUCCUUCCGUGACUGUUUUGCGUCUGAUCUCCUCUCCUGCUUCAUUCUUGUUCCCUGUCACCUGACUCCUGAGAGUCAGUAACUAGAAGGUGAGAAAAUGAAUUUGGUGACGAUUAGUCUUUCCCAUGUACUGCUCCAGCAAAGAGGUGACAGACAGCAGCUCAAGGCCAGCGGGCAGCAUCUCAGUGGCUGUGUUUGCGUUUCCUCCUUUAUCUUGACUGUCUUAGAUCCACCCAUCAGCAUAGUAGUUAGCAGUAAUCUAAACUUGUAAGGAGAUGUGUACAAACUACUUUCUUGCAGGAUGUGCUGGAGCUUACAUCAUGUAAUUGCAUCAGAGUAGCACAUACAUGCUCCAUCCCCAAAGAAAGGGCCUUUUUGAACAAGAUGGAUUGAAGACCCUGAUUUUGACUUGCCUUCAACAACUUGUGGUUGUUUUCUGUAGUUGUGGCCUGUUUCCCAUUGGACUGGGUGGGCUUUUGCCUGCACUGCCCUGGCUCCUGGAAUAAUGUUUCUUGGGAUAUUCAAAUUGUACUCUGUGUUCAUGGUCAUAGAUGCUCUAAAACAGCUCUGUCAGCCGACUAUCAUCAGUACCGACUCCGUGGGCUGGCUCUGGGCAUAGCUCCUUCCUCUAAUGGUCUUUCUAGUCAAUCUCCUGCCCCAAUAUGUUGGACCUCCACUGGUCUUACUGACAAAUGGUGUCAUGUUGGGGUUACACUUCCUCUGUUACUUGCUGAUUUUCUUACUAAAUGUAGCAUUUCAAUCAGAUCUAAUUCUUACAUUUUGAGAUAACUGUAAAAAGAAUGAAAUUAUGAAAUGGCCAAUAUCUUUUAUCAGUCUAUUCUUUUGGAAGCUGUCAUGCACUAUACAUUGUGUACAGUUAAAGUAUAUAUAUAUAUAUAUAUAUAUAUAUAUAUAUAUAUAUAUAUAUAUUCUUACUGAGUGAAAGCCUCCUCCCCACGCUUGUAUGUCAAUAGCAUCUAAGGAGAAUGAUCAGAGGCCCACUGCUGCUGCUGUUCUGGUUUAUAUGGGUUUUGUUCUGUUUUG